AUGACGCCAUGGGGAUUCAUUGCAGAACAACUGACACUGGUACGAACAACAAUCUCCUACAAUUCCAUACUUCAGGCCCCGUAUGAGAGAGAAUCGGAACCAGGAACAAAGCCAACGGGCAGAAGUUCCGAAAUGGACGAACGAGUGCUGCUGUGCUUGGACGUCCUUAUCAACUGUCAUGAAAGUCUUCUCCUUUGCUACAUACAAAUCUAUACCAUCUCAAUAUCACCCUAUUCUAUCGCAAGUGUCCUAAAGCAACGCAUAAGCAUGGACACAGAAAAGGGGCGUUUGGGCACUUACGCCCUUUUUCUUGAGACCUCCUCCAUCAAAGGAAAAAGGCUUGACGUCGUUGCCUUGACAAACAAGGGCGAGGGCGAAGGGGAGAGGAACGAGAGUAAGGUUACCCGGUUCACCGAGUUGAGUACGGGAGUUGAUCCCGCCCAUUUGGUGAACCCGUCAGUCGGAUCCACUGCAUCACAUGCUCCACUUCUUGAGUUCAACAUCGUGAUCCAUCAAAUUCUAACUCUGGGUGCUGGGGAGUCUGGGAAGAGCACAAUUGUGAAGCAGAUGAAGAUCAUCCACGAGAGCGGAUUCACGCAAGAGGACUUCAAACAAUAUAAACCUGUGGUAUAUAGCAACACGAUCCAGAGUUUAGUGGCCAUCUUGCGAGCCAUGCCCAACCUUGGCAUCCCCUUCGGAAACAACGAACGCGAGGUGAGAAAUUCCGUAUUCAUGGACUCUAUGCAGGGACGUUAUAAUUCAUCAAAGUUUGCAUUCGAUUGGAGAGUAUCCUAUUAUCAUAAACUUGCACAAGCCAAAUAUCCAGAGGAGAAGUUGAAGAAGAUUGGGGGUGUUCUGAAGAGGAAGUUACUUAAUCAGAUGACAGAGGUGAUGAUCAAAGGCUAA